CGCGCGCCGGGGGAGGAGUGGGAGCCGCGAGCCGGGAGGCGCUGAGGUCUCUCGUACCCCCUGUAGGGCGGGGGAGUGGAGAGGCGGGGUCGGAGGCCCCCAGAGUUGGGGGUCGCAGUCGGGACCAGGAGCGGGAGCUCGAGAGGCGAUCUGUACCCGCUUCCUCUCCAAGGAGGCCUCCGGCCUCCCGGCAGGCAAUGGAGUUUCCGGACCUCGGGGCUCACUGUUCGGAGCCGAGCUGUCAGCGCCUGGAUUUUCUGCCGCUCAAGUGCGACGCCUGCUCCGGCAUCUUCUGCGCAGACCAUGUGGUCUACGCCCAGCAUCACUGCCGAUCUGCUUACCAAAAGGAUAUCCAGGUACCCGUAUGCCCACUCUGUAAUGUGCCCGUGCCUGUGGCCAGAGGGGAGCCCCCUGACCGCGCUGUGGGGGAGCACAUUGACAGAGAGUGUCGCUCUGAUCCAGCGCAGCAAAAACGCAAGAUCUUCACCAAUAAGUGUGAACGCUCUGGCUGCCGGCAGCGAGAAAUGAUGAAACUGACCUGUGAACGCUGUGGUCGAAACUUCUGCAUCAAGCACCGUCACCCACUGGACCAUGGUUGCUCUGGGGCGGAGCACCCUACCAGCCGGGCAGGACUUGCAGCCAUCUCCAGAGCACAAGGUCUGGCUGCUUCUACAAGCAUAGUCCCCGGCCCAAGUCAGACCCCGGCUUCUGCCUCUCCCAGCAGAGCCACAACCCAGUCUCCAUCCCAGACAGCCCCUCCAGUGAUUGCUUUGCAGAAUGGCUUGAGUGAGGAUGAGGCUCUGCAGCGAGCCCUGGAGCUGUCCCUGGCAGAGACCAAGUCCCAAGCACCUAGUUUGCAGGAGGAAGAAGACUUAGCUUUAGCCCAAGCCCUGUCAGCCAGUGAGGCGGAAUACCGACGGCAGCAGGCUCAGAGCCGCAGCUUGAAGCCAUCCAACUGCAACCUGUGCUAGGGCCCUGGGCUUGGGGAGGGAGGCUCAGCUGAAGAGGACUGUGGCCCUCACACCUCUAGGGUCCACAGGGAGAGGAGGCCCGGAGCAGCCUGGAGUGAUGCGGAGGAUGGCCUCCAGGGAGCAUCAGGAGAGAAAGCUGGCAGAGCCGAGCUUACAGAAGGCCCUGCCAGCCUCCCCAGCAGCACGGGAGAGAGGAGCUAUGACUGUUCCCUGGUUGGGCCUUGGUGGAUGCUGGCCAGGUCCCCCUUGGUCCCCUUCAUCAUGUCGUCUCAUCCCCUUUACACUGGGGCUGCCCCACACAUGUGGUGGGCAGGGUGGGGCCUGGGAAAGAAUAAAAGGAUACUGGCAGUCAAAAAGGCAUCCAAGUCCCUGUGUUUCUUUCCCCCUUCCAACAAAAUACAUUUAUCUUGUCAAGAAUGCUCACCUGAGCUAGGGCCCACGCCCACAAAGCCACAGUGAUCACAGCACAGUCACACUUUUAUUUCCUCUAAGAGGGUUUCUCCUGAACGAUCCCUUCCCCUCACUAAGGCUAGCACCAUACCCCAAACCAGG